GCGGCCGCUUCCGGCGGAGCGUCUGAGGGGAGGCUGUGGCCUCUGGAGCAGCGAUGGGGAAGAAGCACAAGAAACACAAAGCAGAGAAGGCGGAAUGGCGUUCGGCCUCUGCUACCUCAUACGGCGAUUAUGUGGAUAAACCUUUGGAAAAACCUCUGAAGCUGGUACUCAAAGUUGGAGGAAGUGAAGUGACUGAACUUUCUGGGUCAGGGCAUGAUUCUAGUUACUAUGAUGACAGAUCAGAUCACGAGCGAGAACGACAUAAAGAAAAGAAGAAGAAAAAGAAAAAAAAGUCUGAGAAGGAUAAAGAAAAGCAUCUAGAUGAUGAGGAAAGAAGAAAGAGAAAGGAAGAGAAAAAGAGGAAAAGGGAAAAAGAACAGUGUGACACUGAAGGAGAAAUUGAUGACUUUGAUCCUGGGAAAAAAGUGGAGGUUGAACCUCCUCCAGAUCGUCCUGUCAGAGCAUGCAGAACUCAGCCAGCUGAAAAUGAGAGCACUCCAAUCCAGCAAUUACUGGAACACUUCCUUCGCCAGCUUCAAAGGAAAGAUCCUCAUGGGUUUUUUGCUUUUCCAGUCACGGAUGCCAUCGCUCCUGGAUAUUCCAUGAUAAUAAAGCAUCCCAUGGAUUUUGGUACAAUGAAGGACAAAAUCUCAGCGAAUGAAUACAAAUCAGUCACUGAAUUCAAGGCAGAUUUUAAACUGAUGUGUGAUAAUGCAAUGACUUACAACAGACCAGAUACUGUUUACUACAAGCUAGCCAAGAAGAUCCUGCACACAGGCUUUAAGAUGAUGAGCAAAGAACGGCUGUUAGCUUUGAAGCGCAGCAUGUCGUUUAUGCAGGACAUGGAUUUUUCUCAGCAGGCAGCUCUUUUGGGUGAUGAAGAUACAGCAGUUGAGGAACCUGUCCCCGAAGUUGUUCCUGUACAAGCAGAGACCAAGAAAUCCAAAAAGCAAAAUAAAGAAGUCAUUAGCAAAACUUUCUUGUGUAUCGGAUCUGAAUCUCUAUACAGAGAGAAAUUCUUAGCUAAGCAAAUGGAAGAAGAUACUCCAGGAGAGAGAAAUGGAUUUGGUGUGAGGAGAUGCUCUACCCAGUACCUAAGUUGCAUGUUUGAACCCGAGGGAAAUGCAUGCAGCCUGACAGAUAGUACUGCUGAAGAACAUGUCCUGGCACUAGUGGAACAUGCAGCAGAUGAAGCUCGGGAUAGGAUCAAUCGAUAUCUGCCCAACAGCAAGAUUGGUUAUCUGAAAAAAAAUGGAGAUGGAACUUUAUUAUUUAGUGUAGUAAAUUCAUCUGAUCCAGAAGCAGAAGAGGAAGAGACUCACCCAGUGGAUCUGAGUUCACUGUCAAGCAAAUUAUUACCUGCCUUCACUACACUGGGCUUUAAAGAUGAACGGAAAAAUAAAGUAACCUUUCUUACAAGUGCUAGUACAGCACCUUCCAUGCAAAACAACUCUGUAUUUCAUGAUUUGAAAUCAGAUGAAAUGGAACUCCUGUACUCAGCAUAUGGUGAUGAAACUGGGAUACAGUGUGCUAUAAGCUUACAAGAAUUUGUGAAGGAUGCUGGAAAUUACAGCAAGAAAAUAGUAGAUGAUCUUCUGGACCAGAUCACUAGUGGAGAUCAUUCCAAGACUAUUUAUCAGCUAAAGCAGAGGCGAAACAUCCCAGUAAAACCACUGGAUGAAGUUAAAGUUGUGCCAGUUCUCAUAAAAGAAGAACACAAGUUGCAUAAUACCUGUCCGGAUUCUUCCAAACAGAUUAUGAUUGGAGAAUCUGCUGGAGACAGUAGCACUUCUGACUUGGACUUUCUCUCAAUGAAGUCAUAUUCUGAUGUAUCUCUUGAUAUAUCCAUGUUAAAUUCACUAGGGAAAGUAAAGAAGGAGCUCGAUCACGAUGAUAACCAUUUGCACCUGGAUGAAACAACUAAGUUGCUGCAAGACCUUCAUGAAGCUCAGGCUGAGAGAGUGGGAUCCCGACCAUCAUCCAAUUUGAGUUCCCUCUCCAAUACCUCUGAGAGAGAUCAACAUCAUCUUGGAAGCCCUACUCAUCUGAGUGUUGGAGAACAGCAAGAUAUAGUUCAUGAUCCCUAUGAAUUUCUUCAGUCUCCAGAAACUUCUAAUGCUCCCACUAACUAAUUUGACAUGUACUAUAUAUAUUUUGUAUUUUAAUUGUAUUAUGUUUUUCUAAAGUUUUUGUCCAUGGCAGAAACUUCAUUUGUCCUCUUUUCUGUGAGGAUUCCUAAAUAUCCUAUUUGCUGGAUUAUACAGAAGAAAAAUACCUGUUUACUACAUAAUUUUGUUAGCAAUGUUUGAAAACCUUCUUUUAAUUUGUUUGUUGAGGGAGAUUGCUCUUUACUGGUAUGUAAAUAUUGACUGAAAUCUAACAAAUUAUGUGUUAAAAUUGUAUUCUAGAGAAACUAAAAAUUAGUUUUCCCAGUAUCAUGGCAGCAUUCAUAAACUAUUUCCAGUAGAACUGUAUGCCAGUUCUGUUCAGGUCUUAACUUCAGCAUCUUCCAGGAGGAACAUUAUAUUUCAACAGUGAAAGAACUGCAUGAAUUGUAGUCAUUAUUCUACAAUAAUCUGCAGAAAUUUUUUGUUUCCCCAUGUUUUAAAAUCUUUUUUUAAUCACUCCAGAGAAUACUUGAGAAUAACAAUAUUUGGUAGUUGCAUUGAAAUGGUCAUUAUGAGAAUUCUGUCUUGGAUCUAAAAAAGUAAAAAAGAUGGUUUUGUGAUCCCUUGUGUCUUGAAGCACAAAGAAAAAAAUGUAGUAUGUGUAUAUAUUUGGAUGGAAGAAAAUACUGGAUAAGGUGUGCUUUUCAGUCAUUUUAAAGUAAAACUUUUAUAAUUCAGUACUGAUGUAACUGGGGGAUUUUGUACCAUUGAGAUGUGAAAGCUGGACAGAUGUUACGAAUUUACAGUAUUUUGUAAAUGUUAAAAAUAUUAAAUACACUUUUGAUGUUUGCAGAUACCUCGUUCUUACCAGGAGAAAAUUUGCUCCUUUACUGAGUCUGAAAUACUAGGAGGUUUUGAUCUGAAUUUUUGUGCUGCUUCAAAAGAUUUCACUGUGCCACAUCUAGCUGUAAAGAAAUUUAAGUAAAUUUCUAGAAACCAGCAAAAAAGUGUGCCAGAUAACCAGUACUAGAGUCUUAAUAAAGUCCUAAUAGAAUGAUGUGUUCGCUCAAA